GGAUUGCCCGAACAAGAACAAGCUGACGACGAACACGAGUGGCGAUAGCCACAACACCCACAACGGCUUCAUCCUGUCGGCCCUGGACGAGUACGUCUACUUGCUGGAGCGCGAGGGGAUCUGGGCCAUCCUGGACAUCGGAGCGACCAGGAGCUUAGGCGGCAUCGAGAGCGUGGAGAACCUGAUGUACGAGAUGCUGGAUCAGCACGGGGUCGAGUUCGAGACGAAGGACGAGGUCUGCUCCUUCACCUUCGGGAACGGGCUUCGGAAGAGCUCCAUGGGGUCGGUCACUGGCAAGGUGUUCGUGGGCCCCAACCUGUACCCCGUGAGCCUCUCGGUGAUGUCGAAUCGGGUCCCCAUCCUGCUGGGCAUGGACAUCCUGACUGACGACCUGAAGGUAGUCGUGGACUGUGGGCGGAACUGGCUGGGCUUGCCGACUCUUGGGGAUGAGGUCUUCUACUGCGAGCGGCUCUCCAGCAAGCACCUGGCGAUCAACCUGUCGACGCCACAGUGGUGGCGAGAGGUUCCCUUACCCUUGACGCCAGCUCGCUCAACGGAGAAUCCGAUGGAGGCGGGCCUGGCCGUGCUGGGCGAGAAGCCGGAGGAGCCCGGCACGGGCGGCGCUGUUUCCAUUUCAUAUCCUACAUAUUCGAGCCACAGCGGCUCCAACUCCGUGGAUGUCAUGCAGCAAAUCUUCUUCGGCGCCCUCAUCGGGGCAGCCGCCGCCGCCGCCAGCGUCGCGGCCAGCGUGGGCAGUCCCUCGGUCAAGGGCCCCGCCAACGGAGGCGUCAUCAGCGCCAGCGAGCUCGACGGCUACCUCAACAGCGGCGCCACCUACGCCAACACCAGCACUGCCGAAGGCACCUCCCAUCAACAGUCCGUCAACUCCGACAUCGACUUACGACCCAGCGGGGAAGUGUUCAUGUUGUGGCGAGAGAGCGAGGACGAAGCGCGAUCGAAGUGUUCAUGCUGCGGGGCGCCCAAUCGGACCAAGCGGGGUUGCAGCUGCACGGGCGGGAAGAGCCAUCAGUGCCUCAAGAUGGUGGAGCCCGAGGACCCGCAGGCGGUGGAUAUCAGGAGCCAAGCCGCGGCUAUGCGCUGGAGGCGGCUCGCGACGAAGUUGGCCAAGACGGACCCCGAGGGCCCGUGGGAGUUCCUGCCCAACGAGAAGGACACGAUGCUGGACGAUUCCGAGCUGUCGGAGGUGAAGGAGAAGAUCGAUGAGGGGAUCUACCAGAACGUGGCGACGGACAUGCUCGAACUUACGAAGACGAAGCGCGUCGACUUGAUGGAGGUCUGCUGCCCCGAGACGUCAGCUCUCGGACAAGCCGUGCUCUCCCAAGGUGGCCUGGUCGUACGAUGUGGUUUGUUCAACGGCUACGACAUGGCAGCCGCAACUGGACUACGACGAGCUGCACAUCUCCUGCGUCGGACCAGGCCCAGACGUCUGGUACUCAGCCCGCCGUGCACCGCGGACUGCCCGAUUCAGAACCUCAACCAGAAGACCGAGGACCAGCGGAAGCAGCUCAUGAAUAAGAUACGUCAGGCCCGUCGCAUUCAGCGCAACUGCCUCUUGUUCUACGAAGAGGCCAAGAAUAUCCCAUAUUGCCACAUCGACCUGGAGCAGCCAUGGAACAGCCGCAGCUGGAAGCAGUCACCAUCUCUCAAGAAAUUGCGGUCUGAGAUGCACGAGACGAUCAUUCACGGGUGUGCCUAUGGACUCCGGGACGUGCGUUCUGGGCUACUGAUGAAGAAGGGCUGGCGCGUGUGCUCCACAGACUCGGAGUUCGCCGGGAAGCUGGGCCGUCACUGCUCUAACCGACCUGGACGUGCUGACAACCGCAACCAUCGUGCCAUCGAGGACGGUCCCGUGGUCGCGCAGACGGCCUACUACCCGCCAGCGCUGUGCAAGGCCUGGGCGAAGCACAUCCUGAAGAAGAACGACAGCGUGCAGUUCGGCAUGGAGAUCUCCACGAGUCUUGAGCAGAUCCCAGAGGAAGACGGCGCCGGGAUGCCAGACGCCGAGGACGACACAGAGGACAUCGAGAUGGAGGACGCCGCGACGACGCUCAAGGGCUUGGGCCUCGACAGCGACCUCUCGAGAAAGGAGGCGCUCGAGAUCGAACAACGGCUCUCUCGACUUCACCGUAACCUCGGACAUCCCAGCAACAGGACGCUCUACAAGAUCCUGAAGGCAUCAGGAGCACCGACCCAGGUCCUCAAGUUAGCCCUGGAGUUCAAGUGUCACGGCUGUCAUGUUGGGAAACUACCUAAGACUGUUCGAGUGGCCUCGGGAGUGGAGAUCUCUGGGGUGCUUGAAGUACUGGCAUCGGAUGGUCUCGAGUGGUUAUCUCCCGACCAGAGCUCACACUUCAUGACGCUGAACCUGGACGAAGGCUCUGGACUCAACAGUGUCACGUAUCACGGCAAGAAGGGCGACCGGAGCAGCAACCGCACAGCCAAGGAGGUGAUCAGCACUUGGGAGUCGUGGUGUACUCACUAUCGCCGACCUUCUCUCCUACGUCUGGACGCCGAAGGCUGCCGCUGCUCUCAAGCCGUGGCCAAGUGGACAUCGGACAACGGCAUCGAGAUGUGGAUCGCACCUGGUGAAGCUCACUGGCUGAUGGGCAAGGUCGGGAGAAGGAUCCAGCUGUUCAAGCGCCUGAUGACAAAGAUGGCCCACCACGAUCCAGAGUGCUCGGUCGACGAACUGGUGCCCUGGGCAGUCGGCGCCAUCAACUCCAUGGACAAGGUCGGGAACCACUCACCCUUCGAACACGUACUGGGAGUAUCGGGGAUGUCUGCCUCGAACAACCCGUUCGCGAUCAUCGACGACGACUCUGGGGAGACCCAGGAGCAGAGACGGCUCCUCGCACGCAAGAGCUACCUGGAGUGCGAAUAUGCUGAGCGGCGACGACAUGCUGAGAACGCCCGGAACCGUGUCUACCAGCUGUGGAACCCAGGGGACUUGGUCUACUUCUGGCGAGACGGCAAAGGACGUGAGAACCGACCUGGGAAGAAAAGAGGCUGGUACGGACCCGCUCGAAUACUUGUUCAAGAGAAGCGUCACGUGGACGGCAGGACCCGGGCGACAUCCGUGGUCUGGAUCUCACAUGGCAAUACGCUCAUUCGCUGUGCCCCCGAACAACUCCGAGCCGCAUCGGAAGCUGAGAAGAUGAUCAACGAGCUGCAGAAGCAAGCCAACCUUGGGAAGACGAUGACGGAGAUUCUGGAGACCGCCAAAUCGGGGACGUACGAGAAGCGGCAGAAGGGGAACGACACCAAUGAUGGCAUGGACCUCUACGUGGACCUGUACAAGGACAAGUUGGACAUCGUUCUCGGCAGCGACGAGCUCCAGACGGUCUACUUCGAGUACCUCUGCGAGGAGAACGGCAAGCAGGUCGCCAAGACGAUUGCGGUUCCGAACAUGGCCGAUAGCUUCUUGGCCAACCAGCGCCGCAAGGACAAAGUCGAGCUGACCUGGUCCAAGAUGAACGCCGAGGAACGGAAGGAGUUCGAGGUGGCCAUCGCGAAGGAGGUCGGCAACUGGCAACAACAUCAGGGACUGCGACCCGUGCCAGCCGAACGAUCACAGGAUGCUGCAGAUGUCAUUCGAGCACGCUGGCCCUUCACAAGAAAGUCGGACGGGAAGGCUAAGGCGCGGCUCGUCCUCCUCGGCUGCCAGACGAAGGACCUCGGGAAGGAGCCCGCUGCCAGUCCAACGGCCUCCCGGCGGGCUCGCAACAUCGUGCUGACCGUGGCCGCCGCGAACCACUGGAAGUUGAUCAAAGGCGACGUGACAUCGGCAUUUCUUCAGGCGAACCAGCUCGAGAAGGACCUCUUCAUUGAACCCGAUCCCGUGCUGCGACGCGCAUUCAACGUCAAGGAAGGCGAGGUGCUCAAGGUCAUGAAGCCAGGGUACGGCAUCGGCGAAGCUCCUCGUCACUGGUGGGCAACCGUACAGGUCGAUUUCGCAAAGUUGGGACUUCAAGCGUGCGAGCUGGAACCCUGUCUAUGGCAAGUUCGGUGUCCGAAGACUUCUCGUCUCAUUGGGUUGGCCAUGGCUCAUGUGGACGACUUCAUCCUGGCUGGUGACAACAGCCACAGUCUCUGGGCGAUCAUCGUCGAGCAGAUUCGCAAGCUCUACAAGCGGGGCACCUGGGAGGACAUGAGCGACGACUCCAUCAAGAGCCUCGAGCAGUGCGGUGUCACCAUCGAGGGGAACGACCAGGGCUUCUUUCUUCAUCAGCACGCCUACGCGGACAAGAUUCGAGAAGUUCAACCAGCUGAUGGAGGCCGCCACCGUUCGACGGACACCCUGCGCGAGAGCGACCAGACCAUCCUGCGGGCCUUCUGUGGAGAGGUCUACUGGUUGGGCGUGAACACCAUGCCCUUCGUGUUGUCGUGGGUGGCCGAGCUACAGUCCAAGAUCCCAGGCGGGACUCACAACUUGUUCAGCGCGGCUAAUAGCAUCGUGAAGAUGAUUAAGCAGCACCAGCACAUGGGCCUCCAGAUCUACAGGCACAACCUCGACGACCUUGCCGUGUUCACCUGGUGCGAUGCAGCCUGGGCCAGUCGGCCCGACGGUCAUUCUCAAGGAGGACAUCUGACGGCGAUCGCAACUACACAGGCCAUCGAGGGCGAGAAGGCGAAGUUCACAGUGCUCGACUGGGGCUCCAAGAAACUACGACGCGUGGCCCGUUCGAGUUUGGCUGCCGAAGUUCAAGAAGCUGGAGAUGCUGAAGGAGAACAAUGUAUGGUGCGGAUGGUCCUGUCGGAGCUGCUGUGCAACCGCUCGCCGACGCAGGAGCGGGCCACCCUCCUGAAGGCCAUCCCUGCGGUGCUCGUGACGGACUGCAAGGCGUUCUACGACGGCGUGGUGCGGUCCCAGUCGGCUGGACGGGGCCUGGAGGAGCGCCGGACCGCCAUCGAGGCGCUGGCACUUCGGAACGCGCUCGACGAGGGCAACACCGUGGUCAGGUGGGUCCACUCGCACGCGCAGAUCGCGGACGGGCUCACCAAGGGCAAUUGGCAGGCGUUCAGGGUGCUGAAGAUGUUCCUCGAGAAGCAGGAAUGGCGGCUGGUCUACGACGAGCAGUUCAUGAGCGCGCGGAAGCGCGCGGCGCUGGGCAAGGGCAUCUUCGAGCCGACGGCGCCCGGCGACGCCCAGUCGGCCAAAGAGGUCAUCGAGAAGCGAC